UUUAUCUCUUCUUUUCUGGAAUGUGCUUUGGAUGCUCUAGAGACCCCCAGUGCACCAUCUGUGCUGUUUUCCCAUUUUGGACUUUUAUAUUUCAUUUUUCUCAACAUGGUCACAUUUGCCCUUAAGUCACCUCUUCCUCCUGUGUCUUUUUAGAGCCCUGUGUUGCAUUUCCCAUUGCUUAAAGGUUUUCCAGCUGCUUCUGAUCUGAUUUCUGCUUUAACUCCCAUGUUCUUUGAACCUACUUGGGAUUUCACUGGCAUUGCAUACUUGUUGAGGUGAGGCUUAUGGCUCAGAAUGUGGCCUGUUCUGGGUGGUGGUACUGUGAUCCUGAGAAGGCUGUGUGUUUCACUUUGACUAAUGGCCAGGGAAGCCCUCGUGUCUGUUGCUCUGCUACAUGAUCACAGACCCAGCAGUGUUGUGGUGAUGUCUCCCAAUGUAGCAGUUUAUUCUUCAUUAUCCUGGGAAGUUUUGUAUGUCUCUGCCUGAUGUAUUUUGACUUUUUUUCAGGUGCAUGCAUAGUAACAAUUCAAGAGAGUUACUUGAAAGUUUAGCCUAGGGCCCCCACAUCCCUUUAAUCCCAGCAGUUCAGGACUCUUAGACAGGAGGAUCACAACUUCAAAGGAAGGUUCAUCAAGUUAGGCACUGAAUGACUUAGAGAAAUUCUCUCUCAAAAUAGAAAUAAUUAAAAAUAAAAUAGGGCAGUGGGGAAUGUGGCUUAUUUGUUAUGCACCCUUUGGUUCAAUCCUUGGUACAAAAUAUAAACAAACGAAUGAAUAAAUGAAUAGAAACAUAAUUUAUCCCAGGGAUUCUGGAGUCUUAUCUUACUCAGGCAUGGUCAAUCUCACGUCUGUUAUUUUCCAUUCAUGAGUUAUGUUUUGCUGUUCCUCAGUAUUCUUUGUAUAUUUUUUUAAGUGAAUGAAAUAUGUUUCUUGGGUCUGGGGUUGUGGCUCAGUGGUAGAGCGCUUGCCUAGCCUGCAUGAGGCACUGGGUUUGAUUCUCAACACCAUAUACAACUGAAAAAAGUUCCAUCAACAACUGAAAAAUAAAAAAAGAAAAUGUGUUUCUUCCUUUUGUCCUAUUCUGUGGUUUCUGUUUGUUGAAGGCUUCAUGCCUUUGCCUAGAGACUAGGUGUCUGAGCUAUGUUUAGCAAAUUAUUUUGUAUUUAGCUCCUUUGAAAAAUUUCCCUGAAUGCUAGAUCAUCCAACAGAAUGGAAACUUUAGGGGUUUCGAAGCUGACAGGCUGAGGAUUGGCAGACUGACACCCACCAGCUGUGCUCUCUGACAUUUCACCAUGAGGGCUGGCAACAGCUGCAGGUACCUGUAAUGCAGUAGCAGAAGCAGCCAACAAAGUAGCAGACAAAGAACAAUCCCUCUUCAGGUUGAGCAUAGUAGAAGUCCCAAAUGUGUAUGAGUCUUUAGGCCAUUGGCAAGCUUGUUCCCAUAUAAGAAAUAAAAAAUUUACUCUCCAAUAUAUUGCCCCAAUUUUCUUUCUUGAUGUCCUCAAAGCUUGUUUAUGUAUAAAAGCAAAAGCCCUGAUGUUCUGUGGGCUCACGCUUUGGGAAUUAUUUUUCUGGGGUGUAGUGCAACUAAUAAACUGUUACUGCCAGAUCUCAGUGUCCCUUGGCCUCAUUUUUCCGAAUACCAGAAACUAGAGAAUAACAGUAGAAACAGCAAAUCCUCACUUGUCUGGUUUUUGUGAGUAGUUGUGCUGGGGCCUGUGCUUUAACACACAGUGGUGCUAUUUAAAACUCUGCUGUGCCUUUGCUCUGCAGAUUCCCACCUGGAGAGCAACCAGUGCUGAGCAUGUGGGUCAUGGUCCUCUUUUUAAUGUUUCCUCCUAGUCUGUGUGAACUUCCUUCUUUCAUCAGUAUAUCUCGGUGGUUUUAUUUGGGGGAGCAUACUGUGGAGUAAAUCCUCGGGUGCUUAACCACCGAACCAAAUCCGCAGCACCUUCCCCCUUAACUUUUAUUUUUGUUAUCUUUCAUUCAGAAUUUUACCAACCUGCUUAGGGCCUAACUAAGUUGCUAAGGCUGGCAUUGAACUUGAGAACCUCCUGCCUCAGCUUCCUAGACCUGGGUGUUUUUAAAACCUGAUUUUUAAAAGAAACUCUCUGAAGCUUUCUUGGUCAAAUUUUAGGUGAUGGUUGAGUGGGUAGACAAUAGUUUGCUUUCUUGCUAUUUGCAGGCUGUUUGUUUACUUAAAUCCUUUUAAGGAAUUUCUGCCUAUUUUUCAUAGUGAUUACUUCUGAUGAAGAAGAUUGAGAGUUGGUUUUAGGCGUUAAUAUAUUUCCAUGGUUGAGCUGGGGUUGUGGCUCAGUGGUAGAACACUCACCUAGUACAUGUGAGGCCAUGCGUUCAAGCCUCAGUACCACAUUGAAAAAUAAAUAAAUGAAUAAAUAAAGGUAUUGAGUUCAAUUACAAUUAAAAAACAAAAUAUUUAAAAUAUAUAUAUUUCCAUGGUGAUUUUAGUAUGAAUUGCCCAAAACUGAAGAAGAUGUGCUGUGUGCAGUCUGGAGUCAUAGAGGGUCAGGCUGAAGGGAUCAUGAAGGUCAAACCAUGGUUGCUGCACUGCACUCUUCCAUAUGACUGCUUCACGGAGCUGGUGGGAAACUUUCAGGGCUUUGGGGCAUGAUGGCAUUGUUGUUCUGAUGGUUUGGCUUGUGUUUCCAGUUCUGUUCUAUCUCAUGGCGGUAGUGAGAUGGUUCCAGGCUCCCUGUUGUGUCAUUUUCCUCUGAGUGUUGAAUUUUUUUUUCUUUCUUCUAAUCAUUAGGGAAUUGUAUAACAUGUUCUUCUACAAAACUAAAUUUCCACAGGUGCAAUGGUGCACGAUUGUAUUCCUAGCAGCCUUGGAGGAUGAGGCAGAAGAAUCAUAAAUUUAAAUGCUACCCUCAGCCUCUCACAAGGCCCUGAGGAAGUUUUUGAGUACUGUGUCAAAAUGGCAUAUGUGCUGGGGAUGAGGCUCAGUCAUUAAGUGCCAUAUAAAUCAAUAAAAUAAAAUUUCUUGUAAGCUCAUUAAAUGUGUUUUAGUGUUUUACAUUUGAAUGCAUAGUAAAUGGAUUUUUGUCUACAGAAUUGAGGAUAUAGUGCCUUUGGCCACCCAGAUUCCAGUUUGCCUGGAUCAUCAUUGUGAUCUGUAUCCAAGACACCUGCUGUCACUCAUCUUUCCAUGCUGUUGAAGGCCAGCCCACUGAAGCCUUUCUCAUGGUCUGUUGCUCACCUCUGCUGAUACUGUGCUGCUCAGGAUAUCACAUGUGUUAAGUCCUUGAGAAUUGUUGUAUGUCAGUGGCAGAGGCACCUUCUGAUCUCAGUGACCUUUGAGGAUGUGGCUGUGAACUUCACCCAGGCUGAGUGGGCAUUGCUGGAUCCUUCCCAGAAGAACCUUUACAGAGAUGUGAUGCUGGAAAUCCUAAGAAACCUGGCUUUUAUAGAAAACAAAUUGGAUGAAAAGAAUAUUGAAGAUGAGAUAAAAAAUUCUGAGAGCAUUCUAAGGCACAUCACAUCUCACUCUGGACACAAACGCUACAACCAGGAGGAAUGUGAAGAGAAGCCACGUGAAUUUAAACACUAUAGGCAAUCCCUGGCUUUUCUAAAAAAUGUUCACACACAAAUGUUAAUACAAACUGCAGUGGGACCUUACAAAAGUACAGUACGUGGGAAAGUCUUCAGUUGUUCUAGUGACAUUCAAAGACAUGAAGAUACUCAUACUGGGUGGAAACCCUAUGAAUAUCAACAAAGUGGUGAAGCCUCAUCUUCUUCCACAUGUGUUCAAAGACACAUGAGAACACACAGUGUAGGUAAACCUUUUCAGUGUGACAUAUGUGGGAAAGCCUUUCAUUUUCCUUCUUUAUUUAGAAGACAUGAAAGAACUCAUUAUGGAGAGAAACUCUAUGAAUGUAAACAAGAUUGUGAAACCUUUAUUUCACACACAAGUCUUCAAAAGCAGAGGAUCACACACAUGGGGAAUGCACAUUUAAAAUGUAAGGUAUGUGGGAAAGACUUUGCUUACCCCAGUUUAUUUAGAAUACAUCAGAGAACACAUACUGGAGAGAAGCCCCAUGAAUGUAAGCAGUGUGGAAAAGCGUUUUCUACAUCCAGUUACCUUCAAAUACAUGGAAGAACACAUACUGGAGAGAAGCCCUAUGAAUGUAAGCAGUGUGGCAAAGCCUUUGCUAGUUCUACUGAGUUUCAGAGACAUAGAAGAACACAUCCUGGAGAGAAGUCCUUUAAAUGUAAGCAGUGUGGAAAAGUUUUUUCAAGUUCCAGUGAACUUCAGAGACAUGGAAGAACACAUACUGGAGAGAAACCCUAUGAGUGUAAGCAGUGUGGCAAAGCCUUUGCUACAUCCAGUAACCUUUACUCACAUGAAAAAACUCACAAUGGAGAAAAGCCCUAUGAAUGUAAGCAGUGUGGCAAAGUCUUUUCUACAUCUAGUUACCUUCAGAUUCAUGGAAGAAUGCAUACUGGAGAGAAGCCCUAUGAGUGUAAGCAGUGUGGCAAAGCCUUUGCUACGUCAACUUCCCUUCAGAUUCAUGGAAGAACGCAUACUGGAGAGAAGCCCUAUGAGUGUAAGCAGUGUGGAAAAGCCUUCACUAAUUCCUCUGGCCUUCACUCACAUAAAACAGUUCAUAGUGGAGAGAAGCCUUAUCCAUGUAAGCAGUGUGACAAAGCCUUUGCUAGGUCCAUUAGCCUUCAGAGACAUAGAAGAAUACAUACUGGGGAGAAGCCCUAUGAAUGUAAGCAGUGUGGAAAAGCCUUCACUCAAUUCUCUGGCCUUUACUCACAUAAAACAAUUCAUACUGCAGAGAAGCCUUACGCAUGUAAGCAGUGUGGCAAAGCCUUCGCUCGUUCCUCUGAACUUCACUUACAUAAAAGAAUUCAUACUGGAGAGAAGCCUUAUGCAUGUAAGCAGUGUGACAAAGCCUUUGCUGUGUACAGUAGCCUUUACAGACAUAGAAGAAAACAUACUGGGGAGAAGCCCUAUGAAUGUAAGCAUUGUGGUAAUUUCUUUGCUAGUUGUAGUUACCUUGCCAAACAUGAAAAAACUCACACUGGAGAAAAGCCCUAUGAGUGUGAGCAGUGUGGCAAAGCCUUUUCUACAUCCAGUUACCUUCAGAUUCAUAGAAGAAUACAUACUGGGGAGAAGCCCUAUGAGUGUAAGCGGUGUUUCAAAGCCUUUGCUAGUUCCAGUGAACUUCAAAGACAUGGAAGAAUACAUAUCGGAGAGAAGCUCUAUGGUUGUAAACAAUGUGAAAAAGCCUUUGUUACAUCUGCUCAGCUUCACUUACAUGAAGGAACCCAUAGUGCAGAGAAAUCGUGCUCAUGAAAACAAUUGGCAAAGUCUUCUGUUAAUAAUGUUUCACUCAUUAACAUGUAGUAAUUUUUCUGUAGAAAAAUUCUUUGAAUGUGAAAUGUGGGAAAUCAAUAUUUCUUGUCAAAGUGAAAAAAGUGCUCACAUGUCCAAAUCUAUCUAUCUAUGUAUCUAUCUAUCUAUCUAUCUAUCUAUCUAUGUAUCUAUCUAUAAUAACUGGGGAUUUAGUCUGGUGGUCAUCUAUCACUGAGCCACAACCUUUUUCCUUUUUAUUUUGAGAGAGGGACUUGCAGAGUUCUUUAGGGCCUUGCUUAUGUGCUGAGUUUGGCUUCACAUUUGUGAUCCUUCUGCCUCAGACCCCGAGUCUCUGGGAUUAAAGGCAAACACUACUAGAUCCAACUGAAUAAAGCUUUAAAUGUGAAGACUGGAAAAUCAUUCCAUUUUUCCUGUUGCCUUCAAAGUCAUUUCACUCACACUGGAAAACAAACCCUCAGAAUGAGGAAGAUUGGGUACAUUCUGUCAGCUUCCCAUCCCAGCCCUGCUUUCCUUCUCAUAUAUGACAAUACAGAGAGAAGCCCUGAGAAUGUGAUUAAUGUGGGAAGUCUUCUAAUUUUCCCAGUUUUUUAUAAGGUCUGGGAAGACUCUUCUGGAAAGAUUCAUGCCAAAAUGAAUAAAUCAUGUGCAAGUAA